GUGGCAAAAACGAAAAACGUCUCCGGAGUCCGGAGUAGUUGCCGAUUCUGCCUCUCCUGUCUCCUCCCCUGCCCGCGGUCCCGCACCCACGCGUUGCCGGCGACCAGCCGCCCAUUUCCGGCGGCUAUCCAUCUAGCCGCCGCCGCUUCCCGUGAUGGAGAAGCGGCUAGCGUACGCGGCCUUGCUCCCACUGCUCCUCCUCACGCUCCGCAUCCUCCCCCUGCCCUCCGGCUCCCCCAACUGCAGCGGCGGCGAGGGGGAAACCCCGCCCGCGUCCAGGCACGUGGUGCGGUUCCUGGAGUACCGCCGCGCGGAGGAGCACCGGGAGUACCUGGACGCGGGGCUCCGUGACGGCGCCCCCGCGGCGGCGUGGCGCUGGGUGGAGCGGCGGAACCCCGCGGCCGCGUUCCCUACCGACUUCGCGGUGCUCGAGAUCCGCGACGCGCACCGCGAGGCCGUCGUGGCGGCGGUGCGGGCGCUCGGCCGCGUGCGGGACGUGCACGCCGACGCCACCUACUCGCGCUCCGCCCUUUCGGCGGCGCCGGAUCGGUCGCGUCCUCCCCGGCGGGGGAAGCUGUUCACCGCCAUGUCGUUCGAGGGCGAGGAGGAGGGUGGCGGAGAGACCGGCAAUUCGUCUUCUGCUGCCUGGGGGCGGAAGCUUCUUCUGCAGAGAUCACAAGUUACAUCCCUUUUUGGAGCUGAACGGUUAUGGGGAAGAGGCUUCACUGGCAAGAAAGUCAAAAUGGCCAUUUUUGACACUGGUAUUCGGGCCGAUCAUCCACAUUUUCGCAAUAUUAAGGAGCGCACAAAUUGGACAAAUGAAGACACACUAAACGACAACCUUGGGCAUGGAACAUUUGUAGCAGGAGUUAUUGCUGGCCAAGAUGCAGAAUGCCCUGGAUUUGCACCUGAUACUGAGAUAUAUGCUUUUCGAGUCUUCACAGAUGCUCAGAUAUCUUACACAUCAUGGUUCUUGGAUGCAUUUAACUACGCGAUAGCUACCGGUAUGGAUGUUUUAAACUUGAGCAUCGGUGGACCUGAUUACCUGGAUCUCCCCUUUGUGGAAAAGGUCUGGGAGCUCACAGCAAACAACAUUAUUAUGGUAUCAGCUAUUGGAAAUGAUGGGCCUCUAUAUGGCACAUUAAACAACCCAGCUGAUCAAAGCGAUGUUAUUGGUGUUGGUGGUAUUGAUUACAAUAACCAUAUAGCUUCAUUUUCCUCUAGAGGCAUGACUACGUGGGAGCUUCCUCAUGGUUAUGGUCGUGUGAAACCUGAUGUUGUUGCAUACAGUCGAGAUAUAAUUGGAUCAAAGAUCAGCACAGGCUGUAAGACCCUUUCAGGCACCAGUGUAGCAAGCCCGGUGGUUGCUGGUGUAGUAUGUUUGCUUGUUAGUGUUAUACCUGAAGACAAGCGGAAAUUGAUCCUCAACCCUGCUGCUAUGAAACAGGCCCUUGUGGAGGGUGCUUCUAAACUUUCAGGACCAAACAUGUAUGAACAAGGUGCUGGCAGGCUUGAUCUCUGGCAGUCAUAUGAAAUCUUAAAAAAUUACCAACCACGUGCAAGCAUAUUUCCUACUAUGCUUGACUUCACCGACUGUCCAUAUUUCUGGCCUUUUUGUCGUCAACCUAUGUAUGCUGGAGCUAUGCCAGUAAUCUUCAAUGCUACAAUCCUGAACGGGAUGGGGGUGAUUGGUUAUGUAAAGGAUCAACCUUUAUGGCAACCUUCUGAGGAUAUUGGCAAUCUUCUUAGUGUUCACUUCACCUACUCAGAUGUCAUCUGGCCCUGGACGGGAUACCUUGCUCUACAUUUGCAAGUUAAAGAUGAGGGUUCUCAGUUUUCAGGCAUAAUUAGUGGCAAUGUUACUCUGACUAUUUAUACCCCAGCAGCUCAUGGAGAAAGCAGCCCACGGAGUAGUACAUGUAUUCUUCACAUGAAGGUCAAGGUUGUUCCAACACCUGUUAGGUCAAAAAGGAUACUGUGGGACCAAUAUCAUAAUAUUAAGUAUCCUUCAGGAUAUGUUCCAAGGGAUUCCCUUAAUGUUCAUAAUGAUAUCCUUGACUGGCAUGGUGACCACUUGCACACAAACUUCCACAUUCUGUUCAACAUGCUAAGAGAUGCAGAGUACUAUAUUGAGACACUUGGAUCACCACUUACUUGCUUUGAUGCUAGCAAUUAUGGGACAUUGCUUAUGGUUGAUCUUGAGGACGAAUACUUUGAUGAAGAGAUUCAGAAACUUAGGGAUGAUGUUAUACACAAGGGACUUGGUAUUGCUGUUUUUGCUGAGUGGUACCAUGUUGAUACAAUGGUUAAGAUGACAUUCUUUGAUGAGAACACCCGGAGUUGGUGGACUCCAAUUACUGGGGGUGCAAAUAUUCCUGCAAUUAAUGAACUUCUGGCACCAUUUGGCAUUGCUUUGGGGGACAAAAUUCUUACUGGUGACUUCUCAAUCAAUGGUGAGCAGACCCACUAUGCUUCUGGAACUGAUAUAGUGCAAUUUCCUGCGGGAGGUUUCUUGCAUAGCUUCCAGCUCCAAGAAAACUCAAAGACGGUGCAAGAUCACAUAGGAACACUGGAUACAGAAAGCACCCAGGGGAAAGGCAAGCUCUCCUCAAUUCUUGGAGUAAUAGAAGCAGGGGAAGGGAGGAUUGCAGUGUAUGGUGAUUCAAAUUGUCUUGACAGUAGUCACAUGGUAACAAACUGCUAUUGGCUUUUGAGAAAAAUAUUGGAGUUCACUGGAAACAGAGUGAAAGAUAAUGUCCUUUUCUCAGAGGCAGCACAGUUAAAGUUUCCUGUUUUUGAGAAUAUCCAUCAUCCAUCACGUAGAACGGAUGUAAACUUUUCAACAUACUCAACAGUUGUUGGCAAGGAAUUAAUCUGCCACCAAGAUUCCCGGUUUGAGGUUUGGGGAACGAAAGGCUAUGGUGUCCAACCAAUAGGCACAUCAAGAAAGCUUCCAGAGUACCAGAUGCAUGAAAGUUCUAGUUCUCCCAAUGUAACAAUACAAAUUGCUGGCAGUAGACAAGAUAAAGUUGAAAGGCUUCAAAGAAAUCUUUCGAUACCAAAUGCUGCUAAAUUUGAUGAUAAAAGAGAUUAUUUUGGAUUUAUUGGUCAUGAGGAGGUUGACAUAGGAAUGUUAAUGGCAAGCCAAUGGAUGAUACCUUGCUUCGCUGCCACUGCUUGCCUUAUGUUGUAUCUUAGUUGUAGAGUGCAACAAAAACGCCGCAGACGAAGGAAGGGGUCGGUGGCUAGUGCUAAUCGGCUAACAAGUAUGGUAUAAUUCGUCAUUCGCGCGGUGGUGCUGAAAAGGUUUUUUUAGCGUAUCUAAGUUUCAGGCCUCCAGCCAUGAUGGAUAACCAGGAAGCGCCAUCUGCGCAGCAUGACAGAAUUUUAGUAGCCAGAAAUCCCUGGUAGUGAAGACACAUUUUAACUCGGCAACUAGAGGCUGAACUUGAGAGAAAGCUGGCUCGUCACUUCUGUGGUCACAUGGAAAGCAGCUUGUCUUCCCAGAUUCAGCCAUUCGUGGCAUCUACUGCUGUUGCUUGUAGUCGCUCACAAUUUUGUUCUUCGCCACACGUAGUUGUAGCCACAAAAAUCGCUGCUAAGGGCUAGUUUGAUGACCAGAGAUCACGAGAGGAUCCAUAAAUAGCAAUGGGAUUCCUCUGACAUGGAUCUCCUCGUCAUCCCUGGCCACCAAAUUAGCCCUUAGAUCAUGGAGAUCGGAAGGGAUUGAGAGCAAAAUUAGUUCAUUUCUCAUCAAUCUCUUCCAAUCUCUCCCAAUCUUCCGUGAUCCCCUUUGUCACUAAAUCAACCCUAAGAGCCAAUAUCUAGGGUAGAAGCUAGAGCUAGUCAUUUGUCAUCUCCUUGGAAUAUGUGAAGGAGAUUUGAGCUUCUCUGUAGAUCCAUGAGCAAUAAGGGGCAGGGGGACUCGGCAUGAGCUUGGCAGGUACAAAGGAGGCUUAGGCUUAUUGGGAACUUUGUAAAGUAAAUUUUGUAUUGUUAAUUUAAAAAAAAGAACCAGGCCUGUUUGAAACAAUGGCACCUCUGGCUUCUGGA